AAUGAGAGCGGCGGUGGCGGCGGCCGGGCCGAGCGACGGACGCGGGCUGAUUCCAGCCGCCGGGAGCGCGAGGCCAUGUAACCCGCUCGGCUCCAGGCAACGAGGUGCGUAAUCCCCAGCCAGCCCCUCGCGCAGCGGGCACGGCCAGCGCUGCCACAGGUGACUUGAUUUCUGCGACGGUAGCUCUGCCACCCGGGGGCCAAUCUCGAAACAUUCUUAUUUUCAAGUCCUUUGGACUGGGUGCCAUCUGGGAAGGGGGAAGACUCCUCGUAAAAGUCUGACUGUUAAGAAAUUGAAGAUCCAAAUUUAAAAAGUGAUUCCCCCGGUUCCCUCCUCUCGUCUCUGUGAGGCAGAUGGGAGCCAUGGCUUACCCCUUACUCCUCUGCCUCCUGCUGGCUCAGUUGGGAUUGGGAGCUGUUGGCGCCAGCCGUGACCCCCAGGGACGGCCGGAUUCCCCUCGAGAGAGGACCCCAAGGGGGAAGCCGCACGCUCAGCAGCCGGCUCGAGCCUCUGCCUCGGACCCCUCGGCUCCCUGGAGCCGCUCCAUCGAUGGCACCAUCUUGGCGCAGAAACUCGCCGAGGAGGUGCCCAUGGACGUGGUCUCUUACCUCUACACCGGGGACUCCCACCAGCUGGAGCGAGCCAACUGCUCCGGCCGCUACGAGUUGGCCGGCCUGCCGGGGAAGUGGCCAGCCCUGGCCAACGCGCAUCCCUCCUUGCACGAGGCGCUGGACACACUGACACACGCCACCAACUUCCUCAACAUGAUGCUGCAGAGCAAUAAGUCGCGGGAGCAGAACUUGCAGGACGACCUGGAGUGGUACCAGGCGCUGGUGCGGAGCCUCCUGGAGGGCGAUCCCAGCAUCUCCCGGGCGGCCAUCACCUUCAGCACCGAGUCGCUGUCCGCGCCAGCCCCACAGGUCUUCCUCCAGGCUACGCGCGAGGAGAGCCGCAUCCUGCUCCAAGACCUGUCCUCCUCCGCACCUCACCUGGCCAACGCCACCCUGGAGACCGAGUGGUUCCACGGCCUCCGGCGCAAGUGGAGGCCCCACUUACACCGCCGAGGCCCCAAUCAGGGUCCCCGGGGCCUGGGCCACAGCUGGCGGCGCAGGGACGGGCUCGGCGGGGACAAGAGCCACGUCAAGUGGUCGCCGCCUUAUCUGGAGUGCGAGAAUGGGAGUUACAAGCCGGGGUGGCUGGUUACUCUUUCCGCUGCCUUCUACGGGUUGCAGCCUAACCUGGUCCCGGAAUUCAGGGGUGUCAUGAAAGUUGACAUAAAUCUUCAGAAAGUGGACAUUGACCAAUGCUCAAGUGAUGGCUGGUUUUCAGGAACUCAUAAAUGCCACCUCAACAACUCAGAGUGUAUGCCAAUUAAAGGCCUAGGAUUCGUUCUUGGAGCCUAUGAGUGCAUUUGCAAAGCAGGAUUCUAUCAUCCUGGAGUCUUACCAGUGAACAACUUUCAGAGAAGGGGUCCGGAUCAACAUAUUUCAGGAAGUACAAAAGAUGUGUCAGAAGAAGCCUAUGUCUGCCUACCUUGCAGGAAGGGCUGCCCCUUCUGUGCUGAUGACAGCCCGUGCUUCGUCCAGGAGGAUAAGUAUUUGAGACUUGCCAUCAUCUCCUUCCAAGCCCUGUGUAUGCUGCUCGACUUCAUUAGCAUGCUGGUGGUCUACCACUUUCGCAAAGCAAAGAGCAUCAGGGCAUCGGGCCUUAUCCUGUUGGAAACAAUCCUUUUUGGAUCUCUGCUCCUGUACUUUCCAGUUGUUAUUUUGUACUUUGAGCCAAGCAUAUUUCGCUGCAUUCUCCUCAGAUGGGUCCGUCUUCUCGGUUUUGCUACUGUUUAUGGAACUGUGACUCUCAAACUUCACAGGGUUUUGAAGGUAUUUCUUUCACGAACGGCUCAACGAAUUCCAUAUAUGACUGGAGGACGGGUCAUGAGGAUGCUGGCAGUAAUACUCUUGGUAGUGUUUUGGUUUCUCAUUGGCUGGACCUCAUCUGUGUGCCAGAAUUUGGAGAAACAGAUUUCACUUAUUGGCCAGGGGCAAACAUCCGAUCACCUCAUCUUCAAUAUGUGCCUCAUUGACCGCUGGGAUUACAUGACAGCAGUAGCUGAGUUUUUAUUCCUCCUGUGGGGUGUUUAUCUCUGCUAUGCAGUGCGGACAGUCCCAUCGGCAUUCCACGAGCCCCGCUAUAUGGCUGUUGCAGUUCACAAUGAGCUCAUCAUCUCUGCUAUAUUCCAUACAAUUAGAUUUGUUCUGGCCUCAAGACUUCAAUCUGAUUGGAUGUUGAUGCUCUAUUUUGCACAUACUCAUUUGACUGUGACAGUCACCAUUGGGUUGCUUUUGAUUCCAAAGUUUUCACAUUCAAGCAAUAACCCACGAGAUGAUAUCGCUACAGAAGCAUAUGAGGAUGAGCUAGACAUGGGCCGAUCUGGAUCCUAUCUAAACAGCAGUAUCAAUUCAGCUUGGAGUGAGCACAGCUUGGAUCCAGAGGACAUUCGGGAUGAACUGAAAAAACUCUAUGCCCAACUGGAAAUAUAUAAAAGAAAGAAGAUGAUCACAAACAACCCCCACCUCCAGAAAAAGCGGUGCUCGAAGAAGGGCCUCGGUCGUUCCAUCAUGAGACGCAUUACGGAGAUCCCAGAGACGGUCAGCAGGCAGUGCUCUAAAGAGGACAAGGAGGGCACCGACCAUGGCACAGCCAAAGGCACUGCCCUCAUCAAGAAGAACCCCCCAGAGUCUUCAGGGAACACAGGGAAAUCCAAGGAGGAGACCCUGAAAAACCGAGUCUUCUCACUCAAGAAAUCCCACAGCACUUAUGAUCACGUGAGAGACCAAACGGAAGAGUCCAAUAGCCUACCCACAGAAAGCCAAGAAGAGGAGGCAACAGAAAAUUCCACGCUGGAAUCCCUGUCAGGUAAAAAACUAACACAAAAACUAAAGGAAGACAGUGAGGCUGAGUCCACAGAGUCGGUGCCGUUGGUGUGCAAGUCAGCAAGCGCUCACAACCUCAGCUCAGAGAAGAAGCCUGGGCACCCACGCACAUCGAUGCUACAGAAGUCUCUCAGUGUCAUAGCAAGCGCCAAGGAGAAGACUCUUGGAUUAGCUGGGAAAACCCAAACAGCAGGUGUGGAAGAACGCGCUAAAGCCCAGAAACCUCUGCCAAAAGAUAAAGACACCAACAGAAACCACUCAAAUUCUGAUAACACAGAGACUAAAGAUUCUGCCCCCCAAAACUCAAAUCAUGUGGAGGAGCCGAGAAAGCCUCAGAAAUCUGGGAUUAUGAAACAACAAAGGGUCAACCCCACCACUGCCAAUUCUGACCUGAACCCAGGCACCACCCAGAUGAAGGACAACUUUGACAUUGGGGAGGUGUGCCCUUGGGAGAUUUAUGACCUGACCCCUGGUCCUGUGCCUUCAGAAUCAAAAGUUCAAAAACACGUAUCUAUUGUGGCUUCUGAAAUGGAGAAAAACCCAACUUUUUCCUUAAAGGAGAAAUCUCACCAUAAGCCUAAGGCAGCUGAAGUUUGUCAGCAAUCCAACCAGAAGCACAUAGAUAAGGCUCAAAUAUCCCUUUGGGAAAGCCAAGGCCAGUCCAUUUUGGAAGAAGAGAAGCAUUUGAUUUCCAAGACUCCAGUUCUCCCAGAGAGGUCAAAAGAGGAGAAUGGAGGUCAGCGUCAUGCAGCCAGUGUGUGUGCUGGGCACAGUGAAGCACUGCCCCCCAAAGCUGUAGCAUCAAAAACAGAAAAUGAAAAUGUAAACCAAAUACGACACCAGGAAAAAAAGACAUCUUCUUCUGAGGAAAAUGUCCGUGGCUCCUAUAAUUCAAGUCAUAACUUCCAGCAACCUUUAAUAUCACGAGCAGAGGUGUGUCCUUGGGAGUUUGAGACCCCAGCUCAACCAAAUGCUGGAAGAAGUGUAGGUUUACCUGCCCCUUCUGCUCUAAGUGCAAAUAAGAUAGCAGGGCCUCGGAAAGAAGAGGUCUGGGAUACUUUUAAAGUGUAGCAUCCCCAGGAAGAAGAGGAAAAGGAAGGAACCCCGGGUUGGAUAUGAGAAGAUGUAAGAAUUUAAAAUUCCCAAGGAGUAUUUGUCAAUCAAGGAAAACAUGACAGAUGGUGCGGUGAAGUCAAAGGCAUGGGCAGAAGAGGACUUGGGGGCAAGAACAACGUUAUAAUGGAGAAGUCAGACUUUGGCCAAGAAAGUCCUUCCCCUGGUAACACCGGGAAAAUCUUUCCACUUCAGCAUGUUUAAGGAAAACAGCCCACAAUGUCUGCCCUCAUCAGUAUGUAGCCAUGGUACUUUGAAGAUCCUAAGCCAGGCAAAGCAGGAGGCACAGAAGAUGUACCAGAUUUGCAAAGAAGGAAAAGGUAGAGACGUAUAUAACUGAAAUUCUAAGUAGCUGACCAAGAAGAACUUAUUUACCUAUUUAACCUUGAUAGUACUGCUAACUUAAUGCAUCCCAAAAAUACCUUUUAUAUUAAUGAUUGCUCUCAUUUUCUUAUAAAUGUAUGUUUCAGUACAUUGUUGUGUCUCAUAUUCAAGCAUUCCAGAUUGUAUAAUUUUUGCAAAUAACUUUAGUAUUAUGUGACACAACACAUUUAUGCAAUCUGCAGCUACUCACUUGUUAUUGCAUCUUACAGAAUACCUGCUAUCUAUCAACUUUAGUUGAUUCUUGAAGUACAGUAAGCUUUCUCUGGCUUGGGAAGCCAUAACUGUUAUGAUAAAAACUUUUAGCUUUGGCUGUGGUUUAUAAAUUGUGACUUUGGAUUUGACUCUAUUAUUUCACAUCGUAGUUUGUUAUACUGUCUUAAUCAGGGUUUUUUAUACAAGUUGAGUUAAUUGUUUUGCCCUUCUUGUUAGGACUCAGAGCUUUAUUAAUAUUGGAGAUUAAGUGGUCCUACUCAGUCAUAUGUGUCAAUAAGUUAAGGACAACUUAUCCAUUGUUUAUUCAAAGUCAGACAUAGAUAAUACCUUCAUUCCAAUUAAUUGUCCCUUUUAACUCUUUCAGUAUUUCAUACUUAGCAGCAUUUCCUAAGGAAGAAGCUAAGAAUGAGAAUGACAUGAGAUGACAUGAGAAUUAUAGCAGUACUACAGACCCAGGAAGUUUGCCUUUCAAAAAAAAAAAAAAGAAGGAGGAGGAGGAAAGGUAGCUUCUGAUAGCACUUUCAAGGGAUUAUUUUUUUAAAGAGAAAGAUUAUGGUAGCAUCAAGAUCAUUGUAUGGAUAUAUUUUUAUUAUGCAUACUAAAAAUACAGUAUUUUAAAAUGUCUUAAACUAUUUAUUCUCAUAAACUCUUAUUCAUUGCUUCAGCUAGAGGUAGAAUUUUCUGGGCUCAAAUCCCAAAGAGGUUUUAUAACCUUAUUUAUUCAAAGCCUAUAAGGUGGUAUGGAAUCUUCAGUCUCCCAAUCACUGGAAAAUGUCUAAGUCCUGCAAAUUGCCAUUAUGAGCCACGUGCUCCAAAUACAACAUGUAAGGUCUAUUUGCAAGGCAAAACAGCCCCCAAAGCAUAUUUUGUAAAACUUAUUGCAUUCCACGCUGAUCUCUUGGCAUGGGAAUCCUAAGCUGCCAACUUAGCUCUACUGAUAUGAUCAUGAAAUGAGAUUCCAAAGCUGAGUUUCAUUUCAUUUAAACAAAAAUCACUUAGAAAUAGAACUGAGACUUCCCUUUUUCUCCCUGUGAACUCUGAGUGUCAACUGCUUAUUUGGCCAGGACACUCCCAGCACAAGUAACUCUUUUUUAUGUCACAAGCAGCAAGGAAGACAUGCUAGGGUGAUAAAAGAUGGGGAAACAGAAUCAGAGGGUGUAUAUAGGGCUGUUCUUAGAGAAUAUUAUUUUCAGUGGAAGGUAAAAACAGAAUUCUCCAUAUCCAUCAUCAAAUUUUUCUCAGUGAUUUUUUUAUUCAGGAGUAAAUAACAAGCACUCCACUGUUCUGCAAAGCUGUGCACAAAUCUUCCUCACCCAUUUGCUGGCUUUACGCAUUACUCAGGUUGGUGGGAUCGGUUUGAGAAGAUAUAGAAAUUCUAUUUUUGUGUCUUUCCACCAUUUCUUUUAUCCCUUCCUUUUCAAUGAAGGCCUAUAUGCUUGGUGACCUCCUUUAAGGAAUCUUUGUGAAUUGGGUUGGAAGUUCCUAGACCCACACACUCAUUUCAUUUAUGUCUAAAAUCUGUUCGCACUUGAUUCGUUUUUUGAGAAAUAGGCGGUCAAGCAUCAGUGACUUUCUAUUGCACUUCAGGAUUGAUCCUGCUAGAGAUGUGACUUAAAAAGACUUGCCAAAUUAUACCUUAGCGACAUUCUAUAGUUCAUAGAUUAUUCUCCACCAGCAUAAAUCAGUGAGAGUGCUUAGAGUCUUUCUGAGAGUUUUAUUGCCAUUAUCAACAAGAGAAGUAGAAAUUUACAAGUCAGGAGGUUAUUUUUCCAGAUUGAUAACCAUAGAAAGGGAAUAAACACUUUUAAGGUCGCAAACAUUUGCUAGGUUGUCCUUCUCAAUGCAUGUGCAGGCUGCAUCCUGUCCUUGUUUUUAAGCCAGGGUUUAUAAAUAAGUAGAUUUAUACCAAUCUUAAUAGAACUGUAUAUUUUAUGCAAGAAUUAACUGCUUUAUGACAUGAAGUAUAACUCAACCCAUUGUAAACUUUGGUGGCAAUAUGGAUUCGAAACUCGACAGUUCUCUUGUAUUUGCUUUCUAGGUUUCUGCAUGCAAGUUAUGACAGGUAGGACUGAGAAAACACUGCCUUUUGACUUCUAGCAUUUAGCAACCGAGAGUCAUAGAGUCAAUAAAGCUGUUAAGUCUCUUCACUUAAUCUGUGGUUCUCCUAAAACUAUUAUCUGAAACCUACAGCAUCCCACCAUGAAAUAUUUGGUAAAUUUAUGUUGUGACGUGUUGCAGCAUGUAAAUAAUUAUAACUUCUCUGCAAUAAAACAUUUAUAUGAAAGUGA